AGCCUAUCAAUCGAUCAAUAAAUUAUUCAUAUUGCGGAUAAACGUGUAUAGCAUAAAUUAGACAAAACUACUCACCAACAAUUAUCCAGAAAUGGCAGCUAAUAAAGGCAAUACACCACAACAAAAUGUUCAUGAAGAACAAUUAUUACAACAAAUUGAUAAAUUACAAUUGAUCAGUAAACUGAUUGCAUUUCGUUUAUCAAAAUCAGAAGAAUUUAAUAAGAAAACUGAUGCAGCAUUAAAAAAAGCUCAACAAUCGAAAGGACAAUUAAAACAACAAACUAAUGAACUUGUUGAUGAUAUGGAAAGUGUUGUCUUAUCAAUUGUUACAUCGUUAAAAUCAUUUCAAUCAGAGGCUAGAGCAACAUUAUAUAGUUAUCAAUCACAAUUACAAAAUUCACAAAAACAAUUACAUGAAGCUAAAACUACAAUACGUCAGUUGAAUGAAAAAAUUGAACACUUAGAAACAUUAUUAUUAGAAAAUAAACGUUUAUUUGAAGUAAAUUUACAAGCUAUACAUAUUACAUAUGUAAAUAUAAUGGAGCAUAUAUUUGAAAAGUUACAAGAAUUAAUUUUAAAUGAUUUAAAUUUAUUAGAACAAAAAAAUGAUGAUAUUCAUAAAGAAUAUAAAAGUGCCUUCAAAUUAUUAGGCUUACAGUGUACAUUUCAUGAUAUUUAAUCUAACAAGUAUUCGUCUGCCUCUAAUAUACAAUAAAUACACUAUUGAAACAUUGAAUCAUUUAAAAGAUAAGUUGAUUUAAACAAAUGUGAUAUGAAACUAUAAAAAAGUGAUGAUAUGACUUCUAGCAUAAAGAGGUCUUAACUGUAUGAAAAAAAGAAGUAAUAAAGCAG